AUGUCAGCGCCGGGCACCGUGGCCAAGCCGCCGCGACCUCCCGUCUCAGGAACGAAAGUCCUCCGGAGCACAAAAUUGGCAAAUGCCUCUGGCAGUUUGUGGGCCAAGCACCGGGGCGUCAGAGGCCCCAAGCGACUAGUUCCGAGGAAGGUGCCCUUGCGGGUGGAGCCCAAGACUCAUUUCUCUAAUGAACGGACGUUCAUGGCCUGGGUUCAAAUGGCAGUCACCCUGGCGGGCCUGUCAUCUGCCCUCCUCUCCCUUCAGUACACGGUCACCCAGAGCAGUGGCCCGCAACAGCAAUUAGUGGAGUCAGUGAUCAACACACGCACAGUGGACAUCGUGACCAUGGCGAUGGUUCCGCUAGCGUUGUUCAUGAUCAUCUACGCAACAUACAUGUUCUGGAAAAGGAGGGAAGACAUGCUCAAUUGCCAGAUUGGCUAUUUCGACGAGAAGGUGUUCCCACUUGCAGCUGGAGCAUUGAUCACUUUGUGCCUUGGCGCGGUCUUCGUAUUGAGUGUGGUCGACAUCUUCAGAUUGGAACACUGA